CCUGGCCAAGCACACCCUGCUCGACGCUCCUUGCCUGCUUGCGCAACGGAGCAAAGCCCCACACGGUCACCCGGGGAAAGCAGGGCGCACGGCGCGAGACGUCGCCAUGGACCACUGCGGUCCCGCAGGCAGCCCCCUGAUCGCCAGCACCGAGCCCACCACCACUGCCGCCACUCGAGAAUCGAGCCCCGGGCGGACAGGGUCAGGGCCGACGGGCACGGGAGGCGGUGGGCGCUCGGGGGGCGGCCGGCCCGCGGCAGCAAACGCAGCGCGGGAGCGCAGCCGGGUUCAGACUCUGCGGCAAGCCUUCCUGGAGCUGCAGCGCACGCUGCCGUCCGUUCCUCCAGACACCAAGCUGUCCAAGCUGGACGUGCUGCUGCUGGCUACCACCUACAUCGCGCACCUUACCCGCAGCCUGCAGGACGACGCCGAGGCGCCGGCAGACCCUGGGCUGGGCGCCCUACGCGGCGACGGCUACCUGCACCCAGUCAAGAAAUGGCCCAUGCGAUCAAGAUUAUACAUUGGUGCUACUGGUCAGUUUCUGAAACAUUCUGUCUCUGGAGAUAAAGCAAAUCCUGGCAAUAUUCCAGCAGACUCACAACCUUAGGCUGUCCCCUGAUGGGUGCUGAAAGAAAGUGGUGUCUAUUGUUUUUAAAUAGUAUGAAAUAAGUCUGUAUUUAUUACAUCAGACAUAACAAACAUCAUUUCUGAAAGUUUACAUAUGAAUCCAUAGUUAGGUUUUCAGAUUUAUCUGUCCAAUCUACAUAAAUGUGGAAUGAAAUAAUCUUGUAUAGAACACACAACUUAUCUGUACAGUGUGAGAGAUAGUCUCUACUAUAUAUAGCAGGAGAAACUAUUGGAACAAAGAAAAGACACACAAAAGCAAAAAACUAUAUCCACAUACUUUCUGGUUCUUUGGUUUGCAGGUCAGUGCUCAAUCCACUGAGCCACAGCAGCCAGAGCAGAAACCUCACAGUAUGCACACACUUUCUAUAGUGUGUUUAUUACAAACCAGUCUAUGCUUAUAGUUGGUGUAAGGAGCCAUUUCAGUUGGAAGGUAUGAGAUAAUUUAUUCAGUUUCAGCCGAAUAUAUGUGAAAAGACUGCUCUGGGCCUCUCCCUCCACGCUGUAUGUCAGGUGCCCAAGGAUUGUACUAACAGCUUCAGUUUUCAACAGGCUCUUGGGGCUCAGAGCUGUGAACCAGAGAUGUUCGAGGAACAUACUGAAUCUCAAAACAGGGUACAAUAGAAAUACCUAAAAAAACAACAAAACUCAUUCUCUUUUGUCAUAUCUUUGUUGACUUACAUUUCUUUUUAUUUCCCUUGUUUUUUCCCUCCGUCUCUUAUUGUUUCACUUACCAACUGUAAAGUUCAUUUAUUUGUCAGCAAUCCUGUUUUAAAGUUGCUGAAUUUGAUUAAAGAUUUGCAAAUAGAAAGGCAUAUUAAUGGGCUUGGUUGAAUUAAUACUGUAGUGGAACCACCACUUUAUUUUCUUCUCACCUCAGUUUUCCAGCUUUUGGCAGUGAAAUGAAAUAAAAGACCACCUGAAGGCAAAAACUAUCAUUCAGUUGAUUCAGCUGAACAUGGGCAUGUUUUGGUUCAUAUCUGAUAGUUUGGUAUUUUUAUUGUUUUAAUGUGAAUAUCUGCUUGUAAUGUGAUGGAAGCAUGUUUUUAAAAGAAAAUAUAUGUAAUGAAAGCUUUGUACAUACUAAUAUGUAGCAAAAAUAUUUGUAUAUUUAAACAUUUGUGAAUAUAUUUACUCAUAUAACAUUGAAAGGGAUAAAAAAUGAGAAAUAGAUUGAGCCACUUACUAUUGUAAAUUACUGGCAUAAGAAGUGCUAAGAAUAAUCUUCAAUUGUAAGGAGUAAAGUCACAACUUCUUUAAAGUUACCUGAAAAUGAACUGUAAACACUAAAUUUGAUAGCAGGAAUUUCAGAAAAAUGGCCUUCUUGCUGAUGAUCUCUUUGACUGCAGUUUUUAAAGCACUUCAUUGGGAAAAAACUGACUUUCAUUCAAUUGUAAGACUUUCCUAAGUCAUCCUGUGAAAUAGUUACUUUGUCUUUACUUCUUAUUUCUUCUUGUCCAGUUAUAUAUGUUUUAAUGCCAAAGAAGUAUAUUUCUGUCAUAGGUUUUCAUAACUUUUUAGUGAAUUGCUAAAUAAAUAUGUUAACAGAUUUUGGUAGGAUAGAAAAUCUCAGAGGAGAAAUUGCAUGUUUUCACCCAAAAGUUCAAGAGGGCAUGCUGUUUUAAUUAAUGGUGCAUGGUCAGGAUAAGGAAUAUUACUAAAAUAAAAUACAGUGCUAAUCUGAAAAUUAAUUUAGCAUGUUUAAUUUGCAUCUGUCUCUGUAGCUAUUUAACAAAUACCUAAGGUACAUUUAAAAAUCUUUCUAGUAAAUACCUACUUAGCAUGAGCUUCUUCACUAUGCUGUCCUUAAUGGAGUAUAUAUUCAGACUGGGAAGGGGGUAUAUUUGGAUCAAAAUAUUAUUCCAUAAUCUGCAAGGGAAACUCUCUUGACCCUCUGACAGUUAAAUUUCUGUCAGUUCACUCAGCUCUUUCAGUGAUAAGACAUACACUUAAAUCCCUCUAUAGUGAUAAUUUGGGGAGAGAAGGAAAUGACUUUUUAGAGACAUAAGGUCCAACAGACUUUUAAAAUAUUGUUUCUUUUUCUGAUUACAAAAAUACAGUGAAGUUUAUUGUAUGGCAAUUAUACAUCAGUAAGUUAUCUUAAAAGUAUACACAUACCUCCUUCUCCUUUUUAAAAAGUCCUCACCUGAGGGGCCCUGGCUGGUGUAGCUCAGCGGAUUGAGCACAGGCCUGCGAACCAGACAAUCGUGGUUCAAUUCCCAGUCAGGGCACAUGCCUGGGUUGCAGACCAGUUCCCUGCAGGCCAGUUCCCAGCAGGGGACGCACGAAAGGCAACCAUACAUUGAUGCUUCUCUCCCUCUCUCCUUCCCCUCCCCUCUAAAGAUAAAUAAAUAAAAUAUUUUAAAAAAUCCUCACCUGAGGAAAUGUUCACUGAUUUUUAGAGAGGAAGGGAAAAGAGAAACAUCAGUGUGAGAAAGAAACAUCAAUUGGUUGCCUCCCAUACGUGCCAGAUUGAACCCACAACCUAGGUAUGUGCUCUGACCAGGGAUGGAACCUGCAACCUUUUGGUGCAUGGGAUAAUGCUCUUACCAACUGGCAGCCCAGCCCGGGUAUAUACAUGCCCCAUUUAAAAAAUAAAAUUAGUAAAAGGAAUGAAGUGGAAAAUAAAAAUCCUACAGUAGAGGUGGGUAUCUGGAAUCAAGUUGGGGAUAUCUGUUCACACACUACUUGGUAAUAAAAAGAGUGGUUCUGCAUUUUUAUAAGGCUUUUUGGACCCCAAAACUUCAAUCUGUAUACAGAUAGCACAUAUCCUUAACAUUGAUCUUAUCUAUUCAUGGAGACUGUUUAAACUUAAGAGAAACUGGAAAUAAAAAUGCUGAUUGACCUUACUGAAAUGCACAGUAAUUAGUUGAAAUUGCUUUUUAGGUUAAAUUACUCGAUAAUUUCUCUUUCUCUCAGAAGGUCUCAUUUUAUAUUCACAAAAUCAACUGACCAGUUAUUGUCAAUUAAAAAGAAAGUGCUCAGGCUCCAGUAAGGUUGGUAGUGUUCUCUCUCUCUCUAGAAUAGGCAAAGGUAAUUCUAUAUUUUCCAGCACCUUAUUUAAUCUUUUCUUUCAUCCUCAGUGUAUCAUAAUGUUAUUCUGAGGAAAUAAGCCAAUAAAAACAUCUCCAUAGUGGCCAACAUAAUGCCCUUAGAAAGCAACACGUGAAUUGUAUUUAGCAUUAUUACAAGGCAAGUUGCUUGUUGGCAUUAUAUAAACUCAUAUUCUUAUCUGACAGAAGAAAUUAUAUUGGGUUGGCCAAAAAGUCUAUUUAGUUUUUUCCAUAAAAUAAAAGACACACUUCAUUUUCACCAAUAACUUUAUUGAUUUCAGUAUUUUGAGUAUGUCAUCUAUCUCCUGCAUGGUAUAACACUGCUUGUUCUCAUUUAAUGUCUCCAUUUGAUCCCUAUCAACUUCAACAGGUCCACAAGACCAUGGAGCAACUGCCCAGCGAGAAAUUUCCAGCACAAAACUUUGCAAACCAUGUUUGACCAUUCCAUCAGUCACAGUACCU